AGUAUGAAGUAUUGUUACCUAUUUUCUAUACAUUUCUAUACAAACAGCCCUCAAUGAGGACACGUACGGUAUCAGAUGUUGAGUUUUUGCCCCACCCUUCUACUUGUGUACAUUUUUUAGGAAGUACCAGCCAAGGGUAUCUGGUUAAAUAAAAUUGUUUUUUUACUCUGUUAUACAUAUUUUGUAAUAAUACCUACAUAAUACUAUAUAAUACUUUUUUUUAUUUAUAAUUUAUUGUAUUUAUAACUUCUCUUACAUGUAUGCUUAAUAUCCAUUUAAAGCCUGUCCAAACUUACUUCUGGGCAACUUUUAGCUGAUAAAAGUUUUUUUAAUGAGGCCCAAAUUUUUAUUGAAUGACCUGCAAGAUAAGCAAUAUUUUUACUAAUUUUACUAAUACAGUUAUUUGUAUUUGUUAUUUGUUAUUGAGAAUCUUUUUCCUUGAUUAAGAUGUAGCUAUUUUCACUAUAUUUUUGCUUCCUUUCAAUUAUUUUUGUGCCAAUGUUGUUGGCUUACUUGCUAACUUGUAAAACGUUUUAUAUAUAUAUUUUUUGUAUUAAUGUUCUAUAUUUUUUUGUUUUAUACCCUCUAGCUGUAACCACUUUUUGUUUUCAAGAUUGUUUCCUAUUUGUUUUUUUUUUUUUGCAGUUUUUUCUUUAAAUCUUUUUCUUGGCUAAUUCAUUUGCCAUUGCACAGGUUUGUUUAUUCCUUGACCUAAAAAGAUCAAAGGCAGUUGUUAAAUACAUAUUAAAUAUAUGCGUUACAUACAUUGAUAUGUCACUUAAAUCUUCAGUCUUCAAAGGAGGAGCAGUGGGCUCUCAAGCAUUUGUUAGGAUCAAAAGUUGUCCUCUAAUCCUGGAUUAUUAUGCUAAGCCUUGCCUUACAUAUUUUACUGAUGGACUCUGCCCUCCAUCACACCUACUCUGUGGUUUUAUUUAAUUGGAUUCCACUUGAUGCCAAACAUUGUAAUGCACACCAUCGUUGCUGCUGUAGAUAUUCAACGGUGUAAAAACAACUCGCAUUCAUUGAAAAUGUGUAGGCCUUGAAGCAGCAGCAGCAGAGAAACCAACGCAGACAGGGAGGGAUGCCAACAACCUCCAGUCCCAGGCUGCUUCUCAAGUCCAUCAAAGACAUGGCAGAAAACAUUACAACAAAGACUGAUUUGUGCCACACAGUCAUACCCAGGAAGGUUUCCCAGAGGACAAGUCGCAUUCGUGCAGGGCAAAUCAAACGCACCAGGUGUAACAUAGAUGUGGAGACUCCAGACUCCAUUUUAGUCAACACUAACCUGCGGGCGAUCAUCAACAAGCACACCUUCUCCGUCCUGCCCUCAGAUUGCCAGCAGAGGCUGUUGAAACUCCUGCCCGAAGUUGACCGGCAGGCCUGCAUGGACGGCCUCCUCAAGGUCACAAGCUCUGCCUUAAAUAAUGAGUUUUUCACGUCAGCAGCACAAGCCUGGAAGGAGAGGCUAGCUGAAGGCGAAUUCACACCAGAGCUGCAGCUACGGAUGCGUCAAGAAGUGGAGAAGGAAAAGAAAGUUGAGCUGUGGAAGGAGGCUUUCUUUGAAAGAUUUUAUGGUGAAAAUUCUGGGCUCAGCUUUGAGGAAUCCAAAAAGUUGACGAAGGUUGAUACGAUUCUGGAGUCUCCAAAACCUCAGUUGCUCCCUCAGAAAACUGGAGCGGUCACUCAAGCACCAGAGGAAAGCAGGAGCAGAAAAGAUAUCAAACAGGCUGACGGGAUUGUUAAAAACACAAAGUUAUCGCAAGCACCAUCUCUAGAGCCUCUGAGGACACGUCCCGCUGCGAGAGAGGCCCUUUUCACCAUACAGCCCAUGAAAACGCGGCGCUCACAGUCGGUGGAGGAUCACAGGUUAAAUGCGAGAGUACAGACGGAAAUAGCUGUAAUAAAGACACCAGAGAAGGAGGAGCAGAGACAGGCUGAAGGACAGGCGGUGGGUAUAGUACUCGAUAAUAAGGAAGGAGCAAAGAAGGAGAAAGAUGAACUCCCCCAAUCGCUCGUGAAGAAAAGCCCUCCAUUGCAGGAUAGCUCAGAGCUUAAGGAGGAUCAGACACAGUCUGUGGUUAAGCCUGCUGAGAGUGAAAAGGUCAUGUCAGAGCCAUGUGGCCCCUCAGAACCUCUCAAGAGAAAAUCCGUGAGUGAGUCAGAGGGUGAAUUGACACCAGAGAAAAGACCUCGUGUUUCCUCAGUUUCCUCCACAUCUUCAGUCUCCUCUUCCAUUUCCCUCUCAGCAUCCUCCAUCUCCAGCCCUGCAACUCCAACCUCUGCAACAAACCAGAGAGUUCCACCACUCAAGAUCCCAGUGUCGAGAAUUCAGCCUGUUCCAUUGUCACCAAGCCAGAUCUCUCCCAGGACACCGCUCCCUGCCCCCCUCAGCAGCCCGAGUCGCCCUGGUGCUCGCACUUUGGCUGACAUCAAGGCAAAAGCACAACUAGCACGAGCACAGCGAGCGGCAGCUGCUGCCAUGUCUAUGGCGUCAAGGGGAGCCGUGCCGGGCCCGGGACCUGGAGGAGGUGGCGGUGAGCAGACACAUCUAUUACCCAACCUCAGCCCGACAUCCCCACAGACGCCAAGCAGAUUACCAACCAGCAGUUAUCUGUGCAUCACGUCACCUUCUCACUCAGUGGAUUCUUCUUCCACAACUGGAUCUGUUGCAUCUCAUUCAACCAGCCUUGGUUACUCUCAGUAUGGUCCACCCGCUGGUAGUGCAAGUGUAGAAUAUAACAAAGACACUGUAAACACUUCAAACACCUCAGUACCGCCUUCACCAGUGGACACUCCAAAGGUACAGGAGAACCUGCCUCCUAUUGUAUCGUCAACCAGGAACAGCUCCUGCAUUCCCGCAAACAACCCACUGGUCACCCAGCUCCUUCAGGGCAAAGAGGUUCCACUGGAACAAAUCCUCCCAAAACCUCUGUCCAAGACGUCAAAACCACCUUCCACGAGCAAAAAGAAAUCCUCACUCUCUGCUGAGCAAAGGAUUGAUAAGAUAUCUCACCUGCCAGGGGCAGCAGGUGGAGCUGGAGUUUCACCAGAAUCCCCAAGAAUAUACAGAGAACUUCCCAAUAAGGAGGCCCAAGAGCAGAUCCUACAGGCGCUGAUGCAGAGGAAAGUCCAGAAAGACUACUCCUUUGGGGAUAUACAUUCUCAGUACAGAGUCCCUCAGCUGGUGCCCACAGGGGAUCAUCAGGACCAGUCGAAGGUUUGUCUUGGCUUUUUGGGUCGCAAGCGGGUUGCUAGACCUGCGAUGACAGGACACUAUCUGCUCAAUGUGUCUACAUACGGUCGAGGACCAGAGAGCAGAAGGAUGGUGCAGUCAAUGAUCCCCAACAGCAGUUUGAAAAGGGACGGUAUAGAAAGACAAAAGACGGAGAAGGAGGAAGAGCCUGUUACCAAGGUCUUUUCUUCUGGUUCUGAGGUUAAAACAGAGCAGCAGAGACAGUCAUUAAUCAAGACUGAGGACGUGGCAGGCUUUCAGCACUGCACCAGUGUAAAAACUGAACCAGAAUCAGAGGACAGUGCAGCUGGUUCAGAUAACAACAGCACUUACACCACAGCCAAAGACACCAGCUCUUUUUCCCAAUCACACCGAAGGCACCUCGAACUCUGCAAUAGUAAUCUGGGGAACUCCGAGCCAUAUCUCACCCAGGAAGAUCCCUGUCACCAGCAGCCGCCCGCCUUUCACGCCCAGAGAACGCCGGAAAAUCAAGAGCCUGUUGGACCUCAGUGCUUCGGUGGUUCUGUCAGCAUGUCCGUACCUCAGACUUUGAGCCGCAUCGCCACCAGCACCAGCUCUUCUACAUCCUCAUCAGAGGCAGAUGGAGGAAGCGUCAUGUCCUUCUCGGUGACCGUCACCACCAUUCCUGCCGGUCACUCGUUAGACCACGGAGACCAGGGCGAGCCUUUGCCCGAGCAGUCGUUCAUUCAAGGUUCCAACAUAGAGGAUGUCCAGUCCAAAUGUUACUGUCGACUGAAGGCCAUGAUCAUGUGCAAAGGGUGCGGAGCCUUCUGCCAUGACGACUGCAUCGGCCCUUCUAAACUGUGCGUCUCAUGUUUGGUGGUACGAUGAUGUCCGAGAGAUGUGAGAGGUUUGGGUUUUGGUAAAUCAAGACACAGUAAAGUAGAAGGAGGUUAUUCUGCAUCAGUGCAGAACAGUGUUGGGUAAAUCUGUUACGCAGUAAUAUGUUAGAGUACUUUUUUGUUGCCAGUAGUAACCUCAGGCCUUAGACUGAGAACGUUCUCAGUCAACCCGUCAUUUUUAUUCCAUUAUUUUGAAGCCCAUGAAACAUCAAUCACAUUGUUGGCCAAUUGGAAGAUACUGUAUGUUGACCAGCAGAUAACAGACAUCAACUACAGAUGACCAACACCCAUUAUUUAUGUUCUGUGUCUGUUAAUGUUGGCCAUCGGUCAAGGAUAAUAACGUACUUUCACUUUUGGUUUGUCCCAUAAUCACGAGUCUCCACAGCGAUAGUCCACAUAGUGAUUAUCCAGGAUACUCUUUCUGUUGAAACCCAAUGUGGGACUAGGAACCGAGUAAAUGGAACCCUAAACCAUCUGGGGAUUCUAGCAGUGCGCCAUCAUAGUCCGAGUCAUCAUCAUCAAUCAACUUUUGACCAUUGAAAUUAGGCGUUUAUUGACCUCAUGUUCAUUAUAUUUAGGUGGUUGCGUUGUGAUUUCGUCUUUGAAUCAUCAGACCUAACUCUGACCAAGAGUUUAUGACAUUCUGUAAAUCCCCCCAGUGUUUAGCAUAUGUGACUUAUGCUGUAGUGGGAGGUCCUGUUCAGACUUCAGAAGUUUGGGACUGGAUUUCUUUUCAACUGUGAAGUGGCAGGACAUGAUUUAUUAUUUGUUCUUGCCAGCUUGCCACAUUUUUCCACGUACACAAAGUCUGUAUCAGCCUUCACUACGUAUGUGUUUCGGAGGAUUUACUACAGUUUUUUUAACUGAAAGUCUAAUUUUGGUAACACAUGAGUACCCUAACAUCUUACUUUACUUUUUUAGUAACUAUAGUGUGUAACAGAACAAGUUCCCUUUUUCUCUUCACUGUGGAUUCUUUAAUCCAACACUGGUACAGAGUAGGUUUAAGCUACGAUCUCAACCUCAUGGAACGCUACUUAGUCACGGAGAGAAAUUGGAGGAUUUACACUGGAUGGUCUUUUGUUCACCAACGUUUAAGAAAAAAAAUUGUUAUAGUGCAAUUAUUUUGGUAGUAAUCUCUAUCAGUUUUCAACCCAAUUAGAGGUUUUAUUAAAUCUGGCAAUUUUUGCACUUGAUUAGAAUAAUUGUUAUAUAUUUUUAAAUAUAUACAGUAUGUAUGUAUAUGUGUGAGUGUAGUUUUUAAAAAAAGGAGGGAAAAUGAAUGUUAUUAUUUUGUAGAACACAGAAAACUGUGGGUUUUUUUAGACCCUUUAUUAUUGGGCCUAAUCUGUCAGCAAAAAAAACCUUGGCGCUAAUGAUAAUCAUCUAUUGUAGAGUACCUCCGAUUUUGGCAUUGAUGCAUGUAUGGCAGGGAAGUGCAACUUACAGUCACUAUUUUGUAUUUUUAAAAAUGUACACAUGCAAGGGAAAGAUUUAAAAAGAAAAUUUAUAGUUUUAGAGGAUGCUGAUCAUUUUAAAUGAUGAAUUUUCUAAAAAUUUACUUAAGAACUGUUAUAAAAGUACAUUAAUGUAAUUUGUUUUGUUAGCUGGUAAGUGGCACUUUUGAUGGGACAGUUAUUGUGUACAGCACUUACACUAAAUCGCACAAAAAUGAAAAAAAAAAAACCAUAAAUAUAUAUAUGUAUGUAUAUGAAUGCUAUUUUUAUUUCUUUUUGAAAAAAUAUGAUCUUUUCCGUUCCAGGCUGAGGUCAAAAGUCAUUUCUUUUUCUGUGAACCUAAGCUUUCUCUUCAGAGGGCGGGUUCAGAGAAACUGCCUCUUCUGUUUUCUUUUCAUUUGCAAAUCAGCAGAGGCUGAGUAAAAAUGUAUAUAUGUGCUUAUACAUAUUGCCUAGAUGUAGAAAAGUGGCUUUAUUUUAUUUUUUCAGCACAACGUUCUUUGGUGUAUUGAUCAGUUUAUACAACAGUGAUUUUAACAGUGGGAAGAAUAUAAAGAAGAACAGUAAAAUAUGCUACGUUGCAGAAGACACAAAGAUGAAUUGGACAUGAAUUGUAACACUGACAAACAGGCAGGUUUAACAUUUCACUUCACUAUGGCCUUUUUCUGGUUUACACAGGGAGUACUCCUACAUGUGAUAUGAUGUAAGCAGAACACAGACCUGUAGCGCAGGUAUGUUUUAGGGCACUGACUGUGUAACCACAGUAAGACUUUUAUGCCUUGGUUUUAAACUACCAGGUUAAAGCCUCAUUUAACUAUGCUCCUGUAGAUUCCUCAUGAUCCAGCAGGGGGUGCUCUACAGUAAAUGCACUAGUAGGCAAGCGUAACGUGAUUCCAAUGUCUCAUGAAACAGCAUUUCUGGGGCUCCGGUGUUGUUAAGAACCCCAAAAUACAGCUAGAGUUCUAGUUUUCUUGAACAUCAGCUAAUGCCUCUGUGCCUGUGCAACAGGAUCAUGCUGCUUACUAGAGAACACCUCACCACGGACUGUAUAGAACAUGUAAAGUCCAUAACAAGUCUGCUUUAGACACAGAAAUUUAGCUCUAGGCGCAGUACCACAGUUGACAGAUUUGCGCUGUAAAGCAUUCAAAGAAGACAUUUUUUGCAAGUGUGACAGUAGUGAUUGACACUUGAUACUAAUCUUAACGCAAUGAUGUGAAAAGGCUGGUGUGAAAUGUUGAUACUGCAGGUUUUUCAGAUGAUCCCAGAUUAAAAAGACAUCAUUUAUAAAUUCCGGUUUUCUGGAGGUUCACAGUUAGGCCUGUUUUAUAGCACUUAUUUACAUGUUAAUAUACCAAAGUCACCUUGAAAACAGUUAACAAUCCUGUAGACUAAUCAUUUCUUUUAUAUGUCUGACUAGUCAAAGUAAUAUAUUUUAAUUAAUAUAUUUUAAUAUAAAGGAGAUCUAUUUGCUAAUUGUUUUAGACAAAUCAACAGGGUAUUUACUAUAAUAAUAAUAUAUUGGCUGUCCAUUUAUUUCUCUUUGUAAUUUUGUUUAGACUGGACUGACCACAAGAUGGAGAAAAAAUGUAAUUCGUAUUUUCCAGGUAUCAAAAACACUGUAAAGACCAGGGUUUUGUGAUUCUUCCGUUCAUUUGAAUACGUUCCAGUCAAAUGUCUGUAUCAUGUGACACCGUUGUUCUUUAAUGAGUCGUUGAGGAAGUAUUUUGCUAAACUUAAAGGUAGAAAAUGCUGUAAACCUAGAGCAUGUGUUUUUCUCUUCCCUUCCUACAGGGGGCACAAAAAUGCAGUUUAAAAUUUUACUGUUGGUUUAACAAAAAGGUCAAAGUGCUAUUUCCCAAGCAUUUGACCUUAAGAACUUUGCCCAUUGAUCCAAAUUGGGGUCACGACCCACCCAUUGAUGAUGUAAAACUCUGUUCUUACUUUUUAGAAAAAAAAUUAUAUUUUUAAGCACAUAGACUGUGCUUAAAGUGCUUUUUCUAUGUCAGAUGACACAAAACCAAGUCAUAUUUUAAGUGUACAUGUUGAAAACGAAGGAUUUCUCUGUGUGUGUCUGUGUGAUUUUGUGUGUCUUGUUAAAGUUGUGAAACUCACAAAUGGUUCUCAGUAGGGGUGUCCUUUCACUUAAAUUGUCAUUGAUGUUGUGGACACUGCCGUGUACAUGUAUUUUCAGUGGGUAAUCGUCAUGGUGGAACGCUGUGUGCUGUCAGGUGCUUUUAAAGACCAGUCCACAGCAAGACGUUGCCAUAAAAACAUUUAAAUGAGACAAUGCAGCUGAAACUACUGUUGGAUGAAGACACCAACAAGAACCUGUCAACCGUCAACACUGUCACCUGUUGUGUGUGUGUGUGAGUGUGUGUGUACUUUUAGACCAACACCCUCAACUAGAAGUCUCUUCAUGGACAAUCAAUAACAAUUUUAAAUUGUGUCAUUUUUGUCUCACUCUGGGUGAAUGUAAUAUAGUAAUCAGCACCUGUAAACAAAGUGUAUUUUAUUAGAGACUAUUAUGAAUAAAUAAUAGAAAAAC